CGUUGAGCAGGAGGAAGCCUCACUAACACAUGUUCUUCUCUGCCUCAUUCGUGUUAAAGAGGCGUGUCAGCGUCUUUAAGAGCCCGCGGUCGAUGGUUAACUCAUAGAAACCUGGAAUAAUGAUCCUCCUAACGCUGCCACAGGGAUUAUGAUCCUCUAAAGGACAGAGAGAAGACUUCAGCAGGAUGCUGAGCUUCAGGCUCAUUUACAUUUUCUCCUAUAACCUGUUCCAGUUCUGUGGACACACCUGGAUCCUGGCCAACACCAUCGCCAGGUUUUUCACCUUUGGAAAAGAUGCCUUAGCAGACACGUUUUACUCGGUGGGCUUCGUGAUGAGUCUGUGCCAGCUGCUCUCCAUCCUCGAGCUCUUCCACAUUGCAGACGGCAUCGAGAAAGCCCGGCUCUUUCCUCGUUUUGUUCAGGUGGUGGAGAAGAACCUCCUCCUCAUUAUGGUCAUCAUGUUAGAGGAGAUCCAGAGUAAACCCGUCAUCUGUGUUCAGCUCUUCUUGUGGAACAUUUUAGAUUUAUUACGGUACCCUCAUGAGCUGCUGUGUUUGAUGGAAAAACCCUCUAUCACCAUGCUGUGGACUCGCUAUACUCUCUGGAUCCCCGUCUACAUCCUGUCAGCAGCCACUGAAGGUGUGACUAUUUACCAGGCCCUACCAUAUGUUGAGCCUAAAACACCAAAAUCACCAUCUUUAAAUUCAACAGUGACGACACACCUUCACCUGCCUUUCAUCCUCAUGGUCUACCUGCCUGUCCUCAUCCUCGGAGCGUCUGUGGCGGUGUGGCAGCUGUUGAAGGAGAGAAAACACCACCUGGACAAGUGGAACAAGAAGAUGAAGAAGAAAUAACAGCUGAAGAACAAAGACUGAACGUUUGGAACAGAAACUUUCUGACAUUCACAUUUUUCAAAGACAGCAGGGCAUUUGUUGAGUUUGAUUCAAUGAGGAAGUGUGAUUGCUCAGAGAUCUUAAACAGACAAAACCAGAACCAUAAAUCCUCCUUUUCAUCAGUUUUUAAUGUUGGUUCAUGUGGUUGUGAGAGAAAACAUUCCUCUUGUUUAUGAUAUUCUAUGUUUAAGUCCGUGAUGCUGCAGUGAUUCAGAUCCAGCUCUACAUUUAUGUCAGUUAAGGCAAAGAUUCAGUCUGGGUGUGUGAAAGCUCCCACCAUGUUUCUGUAAAGAUCCUGUAUGUUUGAUGACUUAGAAACUGUCUCUUUUGGCUCCUCUGGGCUACCAUCCGUAUGCUCUGGUCCACACGGCCUUCUUCUUAAACUCAGCGGAGGACUUCAGGGCCAACAGAGAGGCUGAAAAAUGAAACAAAAAGACAAUUUUUACUCACGUGAGGAGUUGAUGUUCCUGUUGUUUUCAGUGAUUUUAUAACAUAAAAGUAAUAUGACAAAAA